CCCUGUCCCAUUAACAUUCUUUUUCCAUCUCUUCUACUGGAAGCUUCUGUUCAUGAAGUCUAAUUGGUGAUUUGUAUCCUUUCAUUCCAUACAUUUGGCAUCUCCACACUGUGCGACUGCGGCUGAUUAACAAAUCACACUAACCACAUCACCAUCCAAUUAUUAGAUCUGAUACCCAGCUGUGUUCAUUACAAUGAUAUGAUGUAUUCUAACAACAAGAUCAUUCUUCCGGUAGUGGUAGUCUUUCUUGCUGUGUACUACUACUUCAUUCUUACCACUUCCAUACAACCUUCAAGUUUGUUCGAUUGGUAUGGAGGUUCUCCAACCACACCCCAGAAUCCAGAGUACGAUCCCAUGAAAGAGGGACACCCCAAAUUGGCAUCCAACUCAUACCUCGAUGUAAGGGCUCCAAAACGGAACCGGACCCAGAUUGGUCGUGAGAACGCUACCAUGGUGAUGUUGGCAAGAAACCUGGACUUGAAGGGGGCAUUGGAGUCCAUGAGAUCGCUAGAAGACAGAUUCAACCGGAACUACAGGUAUCCUUGGGUUUUCAUGAACGAAGUACCGUUUGACCAAGAAUUUAUAGAACAGACGACAUUAAUGGCCAGUGGAGAGACUUUCUACGAGUUGAUACCCGAGGAAGAUUGGGAGCCUCCAUCUUUCAUUAGCGAAGAAAAGUUGCAGCAGAAUUUGAAGGAAUCCGUGAAAAAUAAUAUCAUCUACGGAGGGUAUCGGUCGUACCGGAACAUGUGUCAUUUCAACUCGGGAUUUUUCUACAAGCAAAAACGGUUGGAUAACUACGAUUGGUAUUUCAGAGUGGAGCCCGACGUCCAGUACAUGUGUGAUUUCCAGUAUGACCCAUUCACUGUACUUCGCAAAAAAGAUAAGAUUUAUGGGUUUGUGAUAGCCAUCAUCGAGUAUGAAAAUACUAUACCCACCCUUUGGCAAACGGUGGAGAAAUUUAUGGAGGAAUAUCCGGAGUUGGUCCAUGCCAAUAAUUCGCUUGCAUUCGCCACAACGAACGAGUCCUCGUUGAAUCUUGGGGCGCCCAUGAUUGAGACCAAAACCGACUAUAAUCUCUGCCAUUUUUGGUCCAAUUUCGAAAUUGCCAAUCUCAAUUUCUUCCGUUCAGAGGCCUACAACACCUUCUUCAAUUACCUUGACAAAACUGGAGGCUUUUACUACGAACGGUGGGGCGAUGCUCCUGUGCAUUCGAUCGCGUUGAAUGUUCUAGCCGACAAAAACAAGAUCCAUCAUUUCGAAGAUAUAGGCUACUUCCACGCCCCCUACUUGGCAUGCCCAUCCCUGAUCGAUGUCCUCACCUCAAAAAGGUGUGUGUGCAAGGCCAGAGAUGGAGACCAACUCAUUUCAAAGCCCAUCGACGUCAACCACUACAGCUGUUUGAGUCGAUGGUGGAGGUAUGGUGCUGGAAAAACUUUUCUCAACGACAUCGACUACGAAUGGAAUAGCUAAUAGAUAUACUGAUAGACUGGUAGAUAGUAGUAGGCCAUCUCAUAUUAGGGUGGUCGUGUCGCGCACAAUCGGCCAUCGG